CCCAAAAGGAAUGAAAAUAAAACCCAUACGAAAUUCGGAAAUCGGCGUAGGGUUUCAGUAUAUAAAACCCUAGCGUCUCAUCCGCCUCUAUUCUUCCCCGAUUGCGAGAAACUGAGAGCAAUUCCUUCAUUCUCCAAACCCUAAUAAUGGUGAAGUACUCUAAAGAACCCGAUAAUCCUACCAAAUCUUGUAAGGCAAGAGGAUCUGAUCUCAGAGUACAUUUCAAGAACACCAGGGAAACCGCGUUCGCCAUCAGAAAGCUUCCUUUGGGCAAGGCCAAGAGAUACCUAGAGGAUGUGCUAGCUCACAAGCAGGCUAUUCCUUUCCGUCGUUUCUGUGGUGGUGUUGGUAGGACUGCUCAAGCCAAGAACAGGCACUCAAAUGGACAAGGUCGCUGGCCAGUGAAGUCUGCCAAAUUCAUCCUUGACUUGCUUAAGAAUGCUGAAAGCAAUGCAGAGAUGAAGGGUUUGGAUGUGGAUUCACUCUACAUUUCUCACAUCCAAGUUAACCAGGCUCAGAAGCAAAGGCGUCGUACUUACCGUGCUCAUGGGCGUAUCAACCCUUACAUGUCUCACCCCUGCCACAUUGAGUUAACCUUGUCUGAGAAGGAAGAGGCUGUAAGGAAGGAGUUGGCUGCCAGCAAGUAGAAGUCUCAAGCCUCUCGAGUGUUUUGUGCUUCAUAGUUUUAGCUUCAAAACUAGUUUUGGGGUCUAUCCAUUGUGGUCUUGGUUUUGUAGACAUUAUAUCAUCUUAUUUACUUGUUCCAAGGUGCAGUAUCAUACCUUAUUUGUUGAUGGAGAGCCCAGAAUAUUUAGCCUUUUUUGAGUAUUUAAACAUGGAAUUUUGUUCAAUUUUUGAUAUGCACAUUGUUCAAUCUUGAUGCUGCCUUAA